AUGUCGACGGUAGAAGGAGCCAGGCAGCGCGAGGAAGGAGACUACGGAAGGGCGGCAAAGCGACUGAAAACGGAGGAGAGGGAGACAGAGGAGAGAGAGGAGGGGGAGGAGGAGCUGGAGGAGGGGGAGGAUUCGGACACCGGCUCGCUCACCGGUAACGGAGAGUCAGCUGUAGACAACCGGGCCCGGUGGAGUGCCAACCAAUACGGAGCAGGACGCAGGGUAAGGAGCGCAAAAACAUUAUCUAACGUUACCCUGCAGCACAGCAUCACUGACAGGCGUGCGCGCGCGCGCAACCGUGUCAUUGUGUCAGUGAAUUAGCAUCCCCCAGCUGUCACGCGCUACAGGUCUCCUAAAGUCAGCAGUGGUCAGCACACACACAGGAUGCUGGCUCGAAGAUCAAAGCAUCUCUUAAAGACAGCAAUACUGCUUAUACCAAUCUGACUUCACCGUAACAAAGACUAUUAACUAUUAAUGCGUUUCUUAUUGUAAGCAGGGACGGCUGCUCAGGUUUUCUUCAGGCAGGGGGGUUAUAAAUAAAUCCAAAUAGACAUAUUCCAUACCCGGUGCAACAACAGAUAUUGCUGCUAUCCUGUUUUUUUUUUUUUACUUUUUUCUUGGAACUAUCUUAAGUUUUUAAAAAAGUCUUUUCAUUCCCUCUGUUUGAUUUUAAUCAGCAGCUGAUCAGGUCCAAACCAUUAACCUCUCCUACUCUGCAAAGACCUCUCAAACAGCAUUAUUUUCAGUGACGUAACUCUCCAUGACUCCCGACUCCUCUCUAAAGUGACUGAAUUACUGAGUAACUGUAUCAGAUAUGUCAUUUAGUCAUUUGAAAUGAUAACGUAUGCUUUGUUUUGCUUCCUUAGCCCACAUACUAAUUACACAAUGUACCUGCCCCUUUCUGGUGUUUUGUUAAUUUGUUCAGUGAAAGCAGCAAAUUAAUAAGUUGAUAAAGGAAGCUUUUCUUUAUCAGUAUAUAGAGAGAGUUCAUGCAAUAUACCGCCUUAGUAUAAUACUGAAGUCUUACAGAGAUUCAGUCUGCAAUGUACAUGAUUAUCACUACUACAUGUAGGGGAGACCGGGGCUUGUUGUCACACUUAUUACACUCUUAUAUAUUUCUUGGAAUCAAUACAUCAUACAAAAUGUGUACUAGAUGAAAGACCAAAGUCUCAGGUAUAUAUUUCGUAUUCAUGUCAUUUUCAUAUGCCCCAACAUCGUGUAAGUUGUCUCACUACAUUAGGUAAGAUGUCACAGUGGAUUUUCCAGCUAAUAAAACAAUGACAAAAUUAUUGUUGUUCUCAUUUUUUACAUUACUCCAGAUUUAUUUUUUAGCUAGGGUCACCUGCCUGACUGCCCUCAGCAUCAUGUCAGGUACUGCACUUCCAUGUUCUGUUUUUCUUUUGUAAUUCCUGACCAUGUCUUCUUGCUUUUUCCCCUCCUUUAAACCACCGUUUUCUCAGUAAAAAUAAAGUCAAAAUUUCAAUAUGACAACUGCUGACUCUCUAUGUUAAUCUUUUAUACAUUUCAAACAUGUGACAACUAACCCCAAAAUGACUGAGACAUGUUGCCCCAAACUACCAUGUUUGCUAAUUCUAGCUCUAGCUUAAAGUUAGUUGUGCAAAAUGGUCAGCUGGCGUUUAUCUCAGCUCACAAUGUGCUCUUCUCUUCUCUUCUCGGACAGGACACGACCCCUGACCAUGUAAAGGAUAAAAACUAGUGUUACACUUUUUAGUUGUGCCCUCUGGUGGCAUAGAUCAGUGGUUCUCAAGUCCAGUCCUCGAGGCCCACUGUCCUGCAUGUUUUGGAUGUUUCCCUGCCCCAACACACCUGAUUCAAAUGAUCAGCUUGUUAUCAGGCUCUGUAGUGGCUUAAUAAGGAGGUAAUCAUUUGAAUCAGGUGUGUUGGAGCAGGGAAACAUCCAAAAUAUGCAGGACAGUGGGCCUCAAGGACUGGACUUGAGAACCACUGGCAUAGAUAAUUGCAAUGUGACAACUUACCCAUGUGACAACAAGCCCCAGGCUCCCCUACACACUUUACAUACACAUAUGCUUUGCACAGGCAUGCCCGUACAAGCACAUACCAAGGCUGAUAUUGACACUGAUGCACACUCAAGCUUUGCAUACGCUAUGCACACACAGGAACCCAAAAUGCACACACUAGUUAGUCUUUGUGUGUUCCCCCCAAACACAGCCAGUGUAUCAAAGUUUAGUUAGAGAAAUCAUGGACUGGAAUUGAAGUCAGGACUUUUCUUUCUGACCUUUGUGGACUCAGCUUCUCUUUGUUAUCAAAAUGGUUAACUGGCUGCUGGUUCAAAAGUGUUCACAGGGGGUCCAUUUAAGUCUGUAAACAUUUUAACGAUCAGUAAAUUUAGACAUGGGAAAAAACUCCUGAUCUGCAUUUUAACUGCAACUUAUUCACUUUAUUCAGUUGGUAAAAAUAUUUGCUACAUUUUUUAAACCUAAACCUAAAUUAGACUUAUUUAAAAAGAAAAAAAAUCAAUAACAGUCAACUGUUCUCCAUUUUGAGAGUGGUGGUGCAGCCACUACAGAUUGUAAGGAUGUUUGUUUUUUGAGUCCAAUGAAUUUAUUGUGAUCUCAUGCUGUUUUAAAGAUACAUAAUUUCAAGUCAGCAUAUUAAACCACAUUAAAACGUUGGUUGUUAGUUGUAUGUGAGAAUAGUUCAAAGUAUGUUGGGGUCCUAAGUUUGACUAGAUACUUUUGUCUGUCUUUGGGUAGAAAAACUGGGUCAACUUUGGGUUGCAGAUGCUGCUGCUGCUCCUUUUUUGCUGCUCCUUCUGUUCGGUAACCACAUCCAAAAUUUUCAGCUGGUCUCAAAAAAUUGAUGUAAUUACCCAGUGCUGACAUUCCUGUUAAAAUAACAGCAAAAAGCUAGCUAAACAAGGUGGCAUAUAGUUGAAUUUAUGCUAAAGUUUGUUUAUGUUUCUAAAUGCAUAUUUAUUUUUGCCUUUAAUGGAUAGGACAGCUGAUAAGAGGCAGGAAAUGUGGGGAGCAGAGACUGUUAAAGACAAGCAGUAAAGGAUCAAGGCCGGAAGUCAAACCACUGAAAUGAGGAUUAUAGCCUCCAUACCCAGGGCUCAGGGCCCCUAUAAAGGUCAUUGUUUUCAAAGUCCUAAUUUCUCUGUUCUUAAAAAUACGGCAAUAAUAAUCAGAUUUUAGAUGAUAUUGUAUAAUGAGAUUUUGAUGUCUUUAAAACUCUAUCAUCUACAACACAUAUUAGGAAAAGAUUCAGAGUAUCUGAAGAAAUCUUGGUACUGAAGGGAUAAGGCUGAUCACUGAUACUGAAAAGCUGUGAUCUUCGGACCCUCAGCCAAUGCUGAAUACAAAACAGACUCUGCAGUGGAAGUCUCUACAUGGGCUCAAAAUCACAUCCAGAUAACACUGUCUUUGAACACAGUGUGUCUCCUUCACUAAUGCAGGUUAAAGUUGCACAAGCAAAAAAGGGAACCGCCGAUAAACCUGUUCCAGAAAUGUUAGCAACUCAACUGUUCCCGAACCCACAUAAGACAGACAGAGGAAAAUGGAAAACAUCAACACAUCCUCCUCUAUAAAGAGGAGGGGAACCACCCAGCUUGUUAUUGGCACACAGGUCUAAAGCCAGCACCCAUGAUACUAUGGGGAUGCCAUACCAUAUGUUGUCAUCCAGAGAAUAUUUUUUUUUUAUAGGGAAGAAACAGAAAGGAGACAUCAGACUGUAUUUUGCACAUUUACAGCCGCACAGCUCUGCAGAGAUGCUGAGAGAUGCUGAGCUGGCCUGAAAGCGAUUGUUGUAGAAUUACUGUGUACUAUGGACUGUGUUUUUGGUAAUCUUUAAAUGAAAGUACUACAAUAUUGCAGUGAUAUACUGCUUUCUAACAAGAUUUGAUCCAUUCAUUUUUCAUUAAGCUACCCUCCCUAAAAGUGAAGGCUGAAGUCUAAAAAUAUAUUUGUCUGAAUUUUCCCUAAAUAUCAAACUGAAUAAAUAUAACAGAAAUCAGUAAAUCUGAAAACGUAAAAACGAUUACUGGCUGUAUUACUCACUUUGGGGAAAUUGACAAAAUUAAACAGCUCAGCAGCUUGUCUGCACACUGUAUGUGACAAGCUAUUUGGAAGCGUGUUCUGCUGCACAAUUGAAAAUGAGCAGAGUCUUCCACGUGCUAAGAAUAGCGAGAAGACUGCAUAAAAACGUCUAAAAAAAGUUGUCCAGUACACUCAGUUCUGACUUUGUUGGCUGCACUCCUUUUCUGUACUUUUCUCAUGGAUCACUGGGAUUUUAGUAGGUCUGUGUUCUUGUGAUUAGUAAAGCUGCUUGAAUACUUCAAAAUUCUGCCAACUUUCUCUUAUUUACUGAAACUGACAACCCUUGCUUUAACUUGAUGCAGUUUCGAUAGAGCUGCAAAACUAGUGGGUGUUUUAAGUUCAGACUGACUGACAUAGACUGAACAGUGUUUGCAGUAUCUUUUCAGGCAGAUUUACAAGUACAUUUUAAGCAAAGCUUGCACCCAAUUUGCCUAAAGUGCCAGCUAAGAGAUAUUUUUUAAUGCAUCACAAGUAUGGUCUUUGUGGUAUAUGUCGAAUUUUUCAACAUUUAAACAAUGUAUCUUAAAUAUUUUCUUUAACAUAAAUCCUACCGACUGAAAUUCAGUCCAACAUUAUCUGCCUCUUCAUACCACAGGUACCUUCUUGAGACAUAAACACUAUUUAACUGUUUCAGAUGUUUUAGCUGUGCAGUCGAAAUGAGGAAAUAAUAGUUGGUGAUGUUUGAAUCAUACAAGCUCAGCUCAGCUGAUAUAAGCUUUUAAAGAGUGAUGAAGAAGAAAACCUAAUUGCUCAAGUGCUAAAUAGCAUUUAGACAAGACCCUGCUGGGGAAUACAAAACCUAUUUCCAAAGAAGUUGGGGAGAUGAGUAAAUCGUAAAUAAAAAACGGAAUACAAUGAUUUGCAAAUCUUUUUCAACCCAUAUUCAAUUGAAUAUACUACAAAGACAACAUAUAUGUUUAAACUGAUAAACUUUAUUGUUUUUUUGCAAAUAAUCAUUAACUUUAGAAUUUGAUGGCAGCAACACGUGACAAAGAAGUUGGGAAAAGUGGAAAAAUAUACUGAGAAAUAUGAGUAAUGCUCAUCAAACACCUAUUUGGAACAUCCCACAGGGGAGCAGGCUAAUUAAGAACAGGUGGGUGCCAUGAUUGGGUAUAAAAGCAGCUUCCCCCAAAAUUCUCAGUCAUUCACAAGCAACGAUGGGGCGAGGUUCACCAUUUUGUGAACAACUGCUUGAGCAAAUAGUCGAACAGUUUCAGAACAAUGUUUGUCAACGUACAGUUGCAAAGAAUUUCGGGAUUUCAACAUCUACGGUCCAUAAUAUCAUCAAAAGUUUCAGAGACUCUGGAGAAAUCACUGCACAUAAGUGGCAUGGCCGGAAACCAACAUUGAAUGCCUGUGACCUGUGAUCCCUGAGGCGGCGCUGUAUCAAAAAUAGACAUCAAUGUGUAAAGGAUAUCACCACAUGGGCUCAGGAACACUUCAGAAAACCACUGUCAGUAAAUACAGUUCAUCGCUACAUCUGUAAGUGCAAGUUAAAACUCUACUAUGCAAAGCAAAAGCCAUUUGUCAGCAACAUCCAGAAACGCCACCGGCUUCUUUGGGCCCGGGCUCAUCUAAGAUGGACUGAUGCAAAGUGGAAAAGUGUUCUGUGGUCUAACGAGUCCACAUUUCAAAUUGUUUUUGAAAAUAGUGGACGUCGUGUCCUCCGGGCCAAAGAGGAAAAGAACCAUCCGCACUGUUAUCCACGCAAAGUUCAAAAGCCAGCAUCUGUGAUGGUAUGGGGGUACAUUAGUGCCCAAGGCAUGGGUAACUUACACAUCUGUGAAGGCAACAUUAAUGCUGAAAGGUACAUACAGGUUUUGGAGCAACAUAUGCUGCCAUCCAAGCAACGUCUUUUUCAUGGACGCCCCUGCUUAUUUCAGCAAGACAAUGCCAAGCCACAUUCUGCACGUGUUACAACAGCGUGGCUUCGUAAUAAAAGAGUGCAUGUACUCGACUGGCCUGCCUGCUGUCCAGACCUGUCUCCCAUUGAAAAUGUGUGGCGCAUUAUGAUGCGUAAAAUAUGACAACGGAGACCCUGGGCUGUUGAACAACUGAAGCUGUACAUCAAGCAAGAAUGGGAAAGAAUUCCACCUUCAAAGCUUCAACAAUUAGUCUCCUCAGUUCACAAAGGUUUGUUAACAGUGUUGUUAAAAGGAAAGGUGAUGUAACACAGUGGUAAACAUGUCCCAACUACUUUGGCAUAUAUUGCAGCCAUGAAAUUCUGAGUUAAUUAUUAUUUGCAAAAAAAAAAAAAAAAGUUUAUGAGUUUGAACAUUAAAUAUCUUGUCUUUGUAGUGUAUUCAAUUGAAUAUAGGUUUGUAAAUCAUUGUAUUCCGUUUAUCACAAUUUCCCAACUUCAUUGGAAUUGGGUUUUGUACAUACAAGUGAGUUUGUUUGAAGUUGUUUAAGAACAACAUCUUUAUUGGCCCUGUAACAGGAAUCUCAAAUAUUCUCCACCUUAAGGUGAGACUUUUAUAAACUGAUUAAGAGAGUUUCUUCAACUGACCGAACAAACAGAAAACUGAAGCCUUUUCAAGUUUUAGUGGAAGGAUAAUAUACACAUGGCUCUCAUUGAGAACAAUGUGCAUCCUUUUCUCACUGUUCACCCACUACAGGAUGUACCGGAUUGCAACACACACACACACACACACACACACACACACACACACACACACACACACACACACACACACACACACACACACACACACACACACACACACUGUGUAGAUAGGGCUGUCAUGGUAUCAGAAUUUCACUUCAUGAUUUGUGUGGUCAGAAGGAUUCACUGUCCUUUUUUUUUUUUGUAAUUUUUUAAAAUAUUUAUAGAAAGCUCAGAUCACUACUUUUGUUCAGCAUUUCCUCUGUCCACAAACACCCUGGGCCUGAUCUACUAAAGGUUUGCAUGUAUAAAAACACGUGCAAACUUGAUAGUGCACAAAGCUUAUGUACUAACUGGGUGCACUAAGGAUUGCUGCUGUCAAAAGAGCAAAGUACCACGCACAAUCGAUUUAGUACGUUCGUCUUCAUGAAUAUGCAGAAUGUAUGCAGAUUAUCAGAACUCACAAAAUACUGAGAGGAGGAGAUGCAAAUGGAAUUAUUUCACACCUGCAAUGUGAUUCAUCAAACCCAGAAUCUGGUUGUGAUCUGUGUUUCUGUGUCUAUAACGUUACGCACAAAUGGCUGUGGUCAUUGUAGGGUGAAGGAGGAGGUGCAUUGGUAGACAACGGACAGAGAGAAUCUCCCGCAUGUGUCAACAUAUUUGGACUGUCAGAAAUAAAAAUAGUACAGUAAUCGUGACAGUAAUGCAAUUUUUGAGCUGCUGGAUGACUAAGAGCUGAUUUGGGGCCAGUCACAAAAAAGAUCCAUACCACAUCGUCUUUGGAAAAACUCUUUGCAACGUUGAAUUUUCUCGUGUCUGGAUCAUUCCAGCGCACCAUCACAGUUGGUGCGUCUCCCAGAGUAGUUUUUCUCUUUGUUGUCCCAAGUGUUGAUUUCUGUGUCAGAAAGAAUGGGCAAUUAUAUCCUGUUCUCAUGCACUCAGGACACUGUAAAUGACACAAAAACACAGCUUCUAUGCAGUUGCUGGCUUCUCCAAAACAAUAGGUGCAACUCCACGGCUUCAAACUUGAUUUUUUUUUUAAAUCAUAAUGGAUCACCUGCAACAUGCCUACUAAUAGUAUGUGCAUUUUUUAAAUCUGCACACAGAAUUUAGCGCUCAUCAUUUGGGAUCUUAGAUCAGGCCCUCUGUCUUUUAUGAAAUCCAAAACCUCAAACUGUCGAGGAAACUUUGUCAGGGACAGGGAGACUACCUUGCACCCCCCACAUGAUUUGCGCUGCAGUAAUAGCUAAACUCUGCAGUGAAGGAUAGCUAUCUGGUUACUGUGUUGUCUUCCUCUGCUGCUGCAUCCUUUUUGUCUCUGUUUUACAGUAUAAUAAAGAAGAACUACCAUUAUCAACCAGUUAGUGACACAGUUAUACUAUAUGCCCAUUUUCAGCACAAUAUCAACAUUUUAUAAAGUUAAAGUUAUUGAUCACACCAGUACACUCACUGUAUCAGCCUCAUGUACAUGCAGUUAUUAUUUUGCUACUCAGGGUGCACACUCAGCUCAGCCAUGACAUUUUCACUGAGUAGAGGUGUGGCAGUUUACAAUAAUCACGGUUGUGUUCCUACCUCAGUUUUGAAGUAACAGCACAGUGAGGGAAAAAUACGUAACACAAAGAAUCUCAAAGGGAUGAGUUUGAAGAACAGGGCUCACCAUGUUCCACUCAAGGAUUAUGUGAUGAGCGCUCACUGUUAAGUAACUCUGAAUAACUCUAGAUGUCCAUCUGUCCGUGGUCACAGCUACAGUAGAUGCCUCGGACGGGUUUCUGCACAACAGCAGCUUUUGCUUGUUCAUGAAGGUGUGGCUUUACUGCUGACAUGGAGACAGAAAGGGAGUUUUAUAUCACCACCAGUAGUGUUUGUUACCUCUCUGGCUUACUCUGAAUUACUAGGUAAAGUGUCUUUUAAUGUCAGAGACAGCUGACUUUGGACAACAGUGUCUUUUUUUUAAUGUUUAGGUCCAUGUGGUACUGCUAUAAAUGUGUGAAGAAGUUGGGCAUGUUUCAAGUGAGGACCCUACUGCUGCUGAAUAGUAUUUUCAAACUGUCUUUGUCUCAGCCACUUGUCUUUGUCCAUUGUUAUAUAUCACAGGAAAAACACAGUGUUCCAGGAUAUUAUUUGUUAUGCCAUCAUUCAUGGUGGAAGUGUCUUUUGGUUUGUAAAAUAAAACCACAGCUGUAUUAGGUUGCCUCCAUUAAAAUAAUUGUAUUUUCUGCAUUAAGUAGAUGUUCUUGAUAUUUAAGCUGCCAUUGUUAACACUCUCUCUGUUGUUAAAGGCUAAUCAUACUAGGGAGGGCUGCACAAUUAAUUGAUUUUAAAUUGUAAUCAGAUUAUUUGAUUAUGAUGAUGUUAAAAAAAUUUGAUUCGAUUUUCCUAUCUGUCAUGUCUUGCCCCUCCAGGCCACCAUAGGUUCCCACUUCUUGUGGGAGCACUCCCCAGUUCCUACACACACCAGUGCAAACAAAAAUGGCGUUUGCAAAAGAAGGCGAUAAUUUUGUGGCCGAAUCGGGCAAGGGCAAGUCAGUCAUGUAGAAUUGGUACAGCUUCACAGUUUCAAAUGAAGAGCAAACCACUCCCCGCAUGCGUGGCAUAAGUCAGGUCCGCCGCAGUAGUCAAAGAGAUCAAGAGAUGUCUGAAGACAGCAAUGCCACACAAUGGCGACAGAAGGCAGCCCCUCAACAAGUGUCACUGUAAGCGCUGCAGAAGGCGUCCUUCACACUGUCUCAUAUGAGCACAGAUGGAUUUGGUGUGUGUAAUGUUGGACCCACUGGUAAGACAAACAUCCUUUCCACAAAUAAAGACACUCACAUAAAGUUGCACGUAUUCAAACCUCACAUGACAAAGGUUGGUUGUGCGCUGAGAUCACAUCAUAAAUUCCAAAAGUGGCAUUAAAAUCGGAACCAUCUGUGCGUAAAUGACUCAUCGCGCUCCGUGGCCUAGCUCUUUCUUUCAUAGAUGUUGGCAUAUAAAAUAAAUUUGGCUCACAAAACUGAAUAUUAUAAUAUUCAUAUGUAGGCUUAAAGUAUAACUCAUCUGAUCACUGAAAAAAAUCAUCUGUUCUGCGCCUCAGUCCACGAAAAUACCAAACUGGCUGUACACCGGGCUCCACCAGACGAAAAUACAACUGCGCUGGGUCCGCCACCCUCCACCGCGUCCCCGGCGUACACAAAAAUAGAGCCCCAUGUGUCUGGUCCCAACCCUUCAUUUCCCUCAAAAGCUGCUAACAAUCAUGUUCUUACAACCUUCCAGUUGGAGUGGAAAUACGAAGUUUUGACUCAGUGACACAUGGAUCUGAUUGCUUAACUUCACUUUUGCAUUUUUAGUAACCAGAGUGCUAAGUUUCAAACAUGUAUCAUUUUGUGUCCUGUGUAUUAUAAUACAUAUUGUAUCAUUGUGUAUUGUACAGCCCCAAUAAUCAUUAUUAGUGGCUGUUUUUCAGAGGAAUCGUUGCCUCGACAUGUCUGACUUCUUCUUCUCCCUCUUUACCUGCUUUCUUUACAUCUGUCCACUUGUCCCUGCCAAGAGGAGCCACAAAGUAAAGAGAGGAAAAACAAUCCCUCCACUCAUUUAGCUGUAGCUCUGAGUGAAGGUGGUAUCACCUUGCUGUGUGACCAGCAUUGCAUGCAUGUAGUCCAGUUUCCACUAACACUCAGGUAUGCAUGCAAGGACACAGUUACACACCACCCACACGACAUAGUGUCAUUAGAGAGUGAUUAAGAAGAUGGAUGGGCUGAUUAGGAUUGUUAAUUCUUUCAGCGUGAUGUAAAGAGAGGGAUAUUAGAGUGUCAGGCAGCUUUGCAUCAUGAGUGUGUAUCUGUUGAACACAAAACCACAAGAUGGAGAAGAGGAAAUACUAGUCAUCUAAAAAUGCCGUUCACAAACAGGUCAUUGAAAAACAAGUCUACUAAACAUCCUUUAACUUCCCUGGUGGUUAUGGUCUCCUCACAGAUUGAUCAGAGAACUCCUCUGGGCUGGGGCCUGCUACAGAGAUGACCUUUGUACAGUUGUGUUUGGUUGCGUCAGCAGUAAUUUGAGUCAGAUGCAGAUCUGUGUAAAGCUGUAUCUGGAAGAGUGGAUCGAAGGUUUUGUUAAGAUAACCACUAAAGAUGGUGUUUACUGGGACAGUCACGUUUAGUUUGUUUCCAUUCACCUCAGAAGUCUGCUUAUCGUUAGCCUUCUUGUUUCUUGGAUGUCGAGCAAGUCAGAAAAGGAAGUCCGACAAAUGCGAUAACACUGGAUGGAUAUUUAAACUUGAUUGUAUCUGGGACCUGUGGCAUCAUUUUUGUAUCAACAGAGAAUAAAUAAUGUUAUCUAUAUCACUAUUGAGUCUCAUGGUUUAUGUGAUCAGGUAAUUAUGGAUAGUGUGCUGUCAAGGGUGUGGCUCUUGUUUGUUAGUUGUCUGUGUUUCUCUGGACUGUUUCUUCGGUCUACAGUCUGAAUUAGCUGUUAGAACCCACUGUCUGUAGCUGUGAGAGUCUAUCUCUCACCAUGUUGUGGAAAAAGUAAUCAGUGAUUUCAAAAUGAUGCGCUUGAACCAAGAGGUUGCUGCAAGUCUGGUCUCUCUGUAUUAUCUGUAAUUUUUGUAAUUUUUGCUAGAUUUCUUUCAUAUUUUUGUUGUAUUUUUGUUGGCUGCUGAUGGAUACUUCUGUUGGCAAAGAGUUUACUCAAGAGAAGAGCUCUUUUCAUUGAGGAUCUGUCUAGAUUCAAAACCACAUUGAAUCUGGACAACAACAUACAAUUCCAGAGGACAUCAGGAGGUGUUAUCGGGGUUGCCGUGCUGGUGCAAAGGUGAAGGCAAAGCUGAAUGCCAGGAGGUGGCGAUAUAAACCCUUUCUUCCAUCAAUCAUCAUGGGAAACGUCAACUCUCUGCCCAACAAAAGCGAUGAGCUGGAGAUCUUGGUGAAGACUGAGGCCCGAACUACACGAAUGCGGAUAUAUUUCAAACCGCACAUAUUUAUGUCCGAUUAGGCCUCCCUACCACACCAAAACGGGAGUUUGGAGCACUCAAACCGGAUAAAUCUGAAUCCGGAAAAACAAGUGGAGAAAUAAAAAAAUAUCCGUAUCUCGUAUCCGCAGUGGAUUCGUGUGGUUGGACUUUUACGGAUCGAUGACGUCAAACCGCAGCUCGCGCAUGCGAAUUAAAAAGAAAAACAACAACAGCAACGAUGGCGGACAGACAGGGUAUUCUUUACGUUUGUUUUGCCCUUUUGGGGCUAAUUUCAGCCUUGCAAGUGAGCCUUGUUUUAUACAAUUACAUCCACCAGUCAGCCAGCUCACAGACGCGUCUGCUGCGGCCAAUACUUUUAUUGGUCACAUGGUCCGUCACAUGGACCCGACGAACUAGCGUAGCUUCCGCAAACAAUGCAUGACACAUCACGCUGUUACGAUUCAUCGGCCAAUCAGUUAGCUUUGUUCCUGAAUUUUUUUUAAGCGGCGCCAGAUAGGAUUGAGUUUGAAGGCUACGUGUGGACGCAGAUAUUUUUGAGAACUAACACGUGUGGACAGAUACAUUUAUUUAGACGGGAGUACAAAAAUAUCCUGAUAAAUAAAUAUCCAUAUACGUGUAGUUCGGGCCUGAGAAAGCAUACCAUGAAAGCGGUUUCCUGUGUUUUACUGAAACCUGGUUGAAUCAAAACAACUCGGACUCCAGUGUGGGUCUACCUGGCUUCACUCUCAUAAGGUCAGACAGAGAUGCUCAAGCUAGUGGCUAGAAGAAAGGAGGAGGUCUGGCUUUAUUUGUCAACCAGAGAUGGUGUAACCCUUCACACAUAACUGUCAAGGAGAUGUUGUGUCGUCCAGAUAUUGAACUGUUGGCAGUUGCUCUUCUGCCAUAUUAUGUUCCAAGAGAAUUUAGUGAUAUCAUAACAGUAGUUGUUUACAUUCCACCCAAAUCAACUGAAGAAUGUUGCAAUGUUUUGCAAAAUAGUGUUGCCAGGCUACAGACUCAACACCCUGAGGCACUAAUAAUAAUAUCGGGAGACUUCAACCAUGUCACCCUCUCCUCUCACCUGACUGGAUUCACACAGUUUGUGAACUGUCCUCCCAGAGAAAACAAAAGCCUGGAUCUGCUGUAUGCCAACGUCAAAGAAGCCUACAGAGUCACUGCCUUACCACCACUGGGCAAGUCAGAUCAUAACUUGGUCUAUCUGCAAACCUAUUACAGACCUUGUGUGCUGAGGCAGCCUGUGACCAAAGUCAAAAUAAGAAGAUAAACACCUCAAGCCAGUGAAGCUCUAAGGGACUGUUUUAAAUCAACAGACUGGAAUGUGCUGCUGGAAACAGAUGUGGACAGUAUGAACAUUGACAAACAGGUUGACUGCUUUACUGAUUAUGUCAACUUCUGUAGAGACACAGUUAUACCCACAAAAACUGUCGGCUGUUUCCCCAACAACAAACCCUGGAUCACAAGAGACAUAAAAGCAAUCCUUUACCAGAAAAAGAAAGCUUUGAAAGAUGGUGACAAAUAACAACUCAAACAAGUGCAACAAGAAUUGAAGAGGAGACUGAAGAUGGCAAAGCUGAAGUACAAAAAGAAUAAUCUACAACACAGCAACAUCCGUGAAGUGUGGAGAGGAAUCAGUGUCAUCUCUGGACACAGCAAUGAAAAGAAAAGACAGCCAGUGGUGGGUGAUGUGAAAAGAGCUGAUGAACUCAACCUGUUCUUCAACAGAUUUGACACUGCUGUCACUCCCACUUCCACUGCUACUCCACCUUCCUCUCUGCAACAGAUCUUCACUACAAUUUCUCCCGUUCCUCCUCCAUCUUGUUCAAAUGUCUCAACCACUUCAACUGCCUCCCUCCUAGAACACCAGUCCUUGUCUGUCACCCAAAAAGGGGUGAGGAUGGAGCUUGGAAGACUUUGUCCUGGGAAGGCAGCUGGUCCAGUUGGUGUGUGUCCAAGGCUGCUUAGAGACUGUGCUGAAGAGCUUUGUCAGCCUCUCCACAGGAUCUUCAACCUGAGUCUACAGCUGGGGCGGGUACCUGCUCUGUGGAAAACAUCCUGCAUUGUGCCAGUACCAAAAACAAAAUGUCCUGCUGAACUCAAUGACUACAGACCAGUGGCCCUCACUUCACACAUCAUGAAAACCCUGGAGUGGCUGAUUCUACACCUUCUGAGGUCUGAGGUCAAAGACAAACUGGACUCCCUGCAGUUUGCAUACAAAGAACACAUUGGAAUGGAUGAUGCUGUCCUCUACAUGCUUGACCGUGCCCUGUCUCAUCUGGAGGAACCUGGGGUUUAUGUGAGGAUCAUGUUCUUCGACUUUUCAAGUGCAUUCAACACCAUCCAACCCACCAUACUCAAAGACAAGCUCACGGAGAUGGGAGUGGAUCCUGCCUGUGUUUGCUGGAUCACAGAUUACCUGACAGGAAGGCCACAGUUUGUCAGGCUGGGGAACUGUGUUUCUGGGACAUUAAUGAGCAGUACAGGGGCUCCACAAGAGACAGUACUGGCGCCAUUCCUGUUCACACUGUACACGUCAGACUUCAAAUACAACACUGAGUCCUGCCACAUCCAGAAAUACUCAGACGUCACCGCUAUCGUGGCAUGUAUCAGAAAUGGACAAGAAGCUGAAUACAGAGAUCUGAUAAGAGUCUUCAGUGACUGGAAUCACAAAAACUGCCUCCUCCUCAACACCUCAAAUACAAAGGAGAUGGUCAUAGACUUCGUAGAUCCAAACCCCCUCUUCAGCCAAUGAACACCUGUGGAGUGGACAUCGAAGUGGUGACAUCAUAUAAAUACCUAGGUGUACAUCUGGAUAAUAAGUUGGAUUGGUCUAAGAAUAUAGACUACAUCUACAGAAAGGGGCAGAGCCGCCUCUUUUGCCUGAGAAGACUCUGAUCAAUAGACAUCAGUAGUAAGACGCUGCAGAUGUUUUAUCAGUCUGUGUUGGCAAGUGUUCUGUUCUACGCUGCAGUCUGCUGGGGAGGAAGCGUCAAACACAAAGAUGCAAGACGUUUUAACAAAGUGGUGAAAAAGGCUGGCUCUGUGGUAGGACUCAAGCUGGACUCAGUGGAGGAUGUGGUGGAGAGAUCUACACUGAGGAAGGUGGAGACUAUUCUAAAGAACAUGGAUCACCCACUUCACAACACCUUGAUGGACCAAAGGGCCAAUGGUGGUGGACAGCUCCUCUCUCUUUGCUGCAGGACAGAAAGAUUUAGAUCUUUUGUACCAACAGCCAUCAGGCUUUAUAACUCUUAUGUAAAUCGUAGAUAACUUUUAUCAACAUAUUACGUGAGACAACAGACAAUUAAAUUGCCCUUCGGGGAUCAAUAAAGUUCUUAUUUCUCUUAUUCUUAUUCUUUCUUUUCUAUUUUAUUAUUCAGAAACAUACCCUUAAGAAAAGAUGUGGAUUAGCCGACUUGAACCAAGGAUCAACCUGACUUCUUGUCAUCUCUUUUGUGUGCUGGUCUGGCUUGUGUCAGUGAUCCAGCUGUGUGCACUGAGGGUCCUGUUACUUGUCCUUGUACUCUUGUCUCUGAUCUCUGAGUCUUAGUGAUUUCAGUGUCCUCCUAUUCCAGCUCUGUUCACGUUUUGGGACUUUUAUGACAUAACUUUCGUUCUGCUGUCAAUGCAAUCAAUCAAUGCCGUUAUUCAGAGAGGUCAGGAUAGUGGAUAGAGCAGGAGACAUGGAGAAAGAGUGGGGAAUGACCUGGGGAAAAGGGGUUGCAGGCUUGUACUGGACCACUAGACCAGACAGUGCCCCAUUAUUCAUUGUUUUUAUGUGUUUUGCUAAUCAAACUUUAAAGCUAGCGCCCCUCUCCUGUCAUUGACAUGCUCAGAAAAUGUUUGUUUUCUACUUUCUGGACAGAGAAAGUGAAUAAUAACAUAAACUGUAUCAUCAACUCAAACUUUAUUUAUAUAGCACUUUUCAUACAAAAAGAAAUGUAGCACAAAGUGCUUUACAUGUAUCAUGACUAAUAAACCACUGGUUUAUUCAUGAGAAACAAGAGUUUAACAUGUAGUUAUGUGUGAUUGAGAUGAAGAGAGAGAUGGACAGAUAAGAUAUGAUGGUGCCUGUCUGACCAUGAGGAGCUUUGUAGGUCAGAAGGAUUUUAAAUUCUACCUUCACUUUAAUGGGGAGCCAGGAGCUAAUGCAGAGGAGAUGUGCUCUCUUCUUCUGGUUCUGGACAGGACCCGGGCUGCAGCAUUUUGGACCAGCUGAAGAGUCUUUCAAGACUUGUUAGGGCAGACUGAUAAAAGGGAACUACAGUAAUCCAACCUAGAGGUGACAAAUGCAUGGAGGAGUUUUUCUGUGUCGUUCUGAGAUAGGAUGUGUCUGAUUGUCGCUCUGUUGCCAUCUUAACCUUUAUGUUUUCGUAAUAGAUGUUUUGCAGUAUUUAAGUAAAUUUUUGAAUAUGCUUCAUAACCCAAAUAAAUAUCCUGAACCAGACUGAACAAGCGUAAUCUUGCUGAGUAAAGAAAUAUUUCAUUGGGCCCUGAUGGGGAUCCCUCAGCUUUUGCAGCCAGCCUCAAGCAGACACUCAAGAAACUUCUGCUUUUUGACCCUUUGCACUUGCUUCGAUUUUCAACAUCUAUAGUUGCUGUUGGGCAAAACCACAGUUUUCUCGCAGAAUGUUCACUUCCCUCUUGUGUCUUCUGUCAUAACACACACUGACAUGAAAGCAGGGGUGUUUACACAGACUGUCAGGAUGUAUUUUGCUGAUUUUUUUUAGGGGAAAAAACACAGAUUGCUGGUCCUUUGGCCAUCCUAGAUACAUGGAAUACAGUAUGUGAGUUUGCAAGUCUGAGCAAUAACCUUUUGACUCUGGGCAGGAUUGACAUUUAACCACAUCUAGACUUCAUUCCAGUUGCAAAAUGGAAUUCCAAGAUUAAAAUGUUUGUUUUGAAGAUGAAGUGGUUCAAGUCAGUGUAAAGAAUAGGUAAAAAUGUUUUCAAACAAGGCCACCUGGUUGAUUCAGGCCCAUGGACCAGGACACUUCCUCCAGGUUACUGGUUAUUGAAUAUAUAUCUUAAGUUUGCAUCAUGUGAGAAGUCAGGAUGGACAGAAGCAGCUUCUAUAUUGGACAUUGUUUCUUGAAACCUGCACACACAAACAGAACAGCUUGUUCAUAUGAAACAGAAGCCAGCAGCCUCAUGUGCAGAGAGAAAAGUUAGUCUGGAUUAGUUUUUUUUUUCCCUCUCCCAACAUUUGUCUAAAGAUGAGCCAUGUGUCUCUAUAAAUAGACUCAAAGGAAUGUCAAUGAAAGAAGAGAACAAAAAGGGAAGAGGGGGAAGAGAUGAUAGUCAGAGAACGAGAAAGGACUGGAGUUUUGAAGGGACCCGGUUUAAAGGGACCCAGUAGGGUAAACAAGAAGUGGAGAAAUUAGAGACAAUUGCUUGGAGUUGAGGAGAAGUCCCUUUCCCAUGCUUGCUCUCUCUCUUUUCCCUCCUCUUUAUUCAGCUCAUGUCCUGAUUCUGAGCUAAAACAACAUAUUGGGCUCUAUUUUCGUGUCCGCCGGUAAGGCGGCGGAGGGUGGCGGACCCCGCACAGUGGUAUUUUCGUCUGGCGGAGCCCGGCGUACAGCCAGUUUGGUAUUUUAAUGAACUGAGGGGCACCGAGGUCUGCCAAGCUGGGCGUGGUGGCGUGGCAGAGGGAGGUGUCGACAGAAUCAGCUGCCGCAGUGACAUUUUCGUGCUCGCCGGAGCUGAGAGCUCGCUGAUUCAAACCUGGUCAGCUUUCAGCGCGGGCGGAGCGAAACUGGUCUAGUGGUAUUUUGGUAGACCGGCGGCGUAUCGGCAUACGUCACCGAUGCCUCACCGGCAGGUUUCCACAGUGUCAGGCACAUUUCAGUGCAAUAAAUAAUCAACAACAACUAAUAAUCUGAGUCAGCACAUACAUUUAGAUCUAUAUAGAUAUAUUCUGAUCUAUAUCUGAUCUGAUGAGCGCGUUAUGGAUGUGUUUGGACACACAACCUGACCGGAUCAACACAGCUGAAACUGCAUUAAAUUAAAUUAAAUAUCUAGUAAAUACACAUAUAUAAUGAAGUGAACAAGAUAUGUAAUUCCUCUCCCUCCUUUUCUUUCUUCCUCUUCCUCUUAUUUCUCACACAGCUCGACCUGGACAUGUCUCCGUGUCCUCUCCCUGUCCUGCUGCAGCUGCUGCUGCGGCGGCUGAACAGAUGAUUUGUUUCAGUGAUCAGAUGAGUUAUUUACUUUAAGCCUACAUAUGAAUAUUAUAAUAUUCAGUUUUGUGAGCCAAAUUUAUUUCAUAUGCCAACAUCUAUGAAAGAAAGAGCCAGGCCACGGAGCGCGAUGCAUCAUUUACGCACAGAUGGUUCCGAUUUUAAUGCCACUUUUGGAAUUUAUGAUGUGAUCUCUGCGCACAACCCACCUUUGUCACGUGAGGUUUGAAUAUGUGCAACUUUAUGUGAGUGUCUUUAUUUGUGGAAAGGGUGUUUGUAUUACUAGUGGGUCCAACAUUACACACACCAAAUCCAUCUGUGCUCAUAUGAGACAGUGUGAAGGACGCCCUCUGCAGCACUCACAGUGACACUUGUUGAGGGGCUGUCUUCUGUCACCAUCGUGUGGCAUUGCUGUCUUCAGACAUCUCUUGAUCUCUUUGACUACUUCACAAAAAUAGUAAUACGCCUCGCCGGUGGCGGAUUUAAAGGUGAGGUGUAUUACUAGGAGGAGCUGAUGUUAUUGGUCAAUACAGGUCUCGGCUGUGUUAAACCCACUCCACACCCUCUCUCCUCCCUCUCUAUGACUUACGCCGCUAAGAGGAGCUGAGUUAGGGAGGGGGGAUACUUACGCUGGGCUGUGCCGCUCACCAAAAUGCCAAAUUGUGCUUGGGAACGCCUUAUCAGCGCGGCAGACCUGACUUAUGCCGCGCCUGCAGCACGUCUCCAGUGAGGCACGAAAAUAGAGCCUAUUGUGUUGCACCUUGGUCUUUAACAGCAGUGUAGCUCUUUAGUGACCACUGACUUCCUACUUGUCAUCGACAUCCUGAUGAUUUUAAAGUUAAACCAAGUUUCCACAGAUUCAUUGAGUGGUCCUGAACUGUCAGCUUACUGGUUGAAUAAGACUUCAGACUCCUGUGGUUUGACAGCUUUUCUUUUUCAAACUGUGUCUACACUGUGUCUAUGCAAAAACGAAUUCAGACUACAAAAAGGCUUUCAGUCUUGAAGUGACACUUAUAAAUACACUCAGUGUUGUGCCUUAUUUCACCUUUGCAGGAAUCAAAGCAGCUCACAGGAUGUGGGUGGACUGUGGGCUGUAAAGAGAUGUAGGCAACUAAACUCAGAUAGCUUGCAGCAUGUAAUCUAACCAUCCUCUGCUGUUAAUAGAGGUGCUAAUGUGAGCCAAAAAUGAUCAGCCCACUGUUACACUACCAGAAACAGUUCGAACAUCGACUCGCCAAAGGGUGAAUGCACGUCUCAAGGAUGUUCAAUCCAAAUUCUGACUCCACAAAAUGCAUGUGGCAGCUAAAUGCUCAGACUUCUGAGAACUAGAGAGCAUGUUUCAGACCUGAAGAUACUCUGAUCCUGUUUUAGCCUCGGCUGACUGUUCUGAGCUGACAACCCUCUGUGAUCUGCUACAGCUCAAGCCCAACCUCCACAUCAUGUUGUCUGUCCUGAUGAUUUCUGUGGAGCAGUGUAUGAAGAUGCAGUUAUUUCAGUUUCUGUCCUGUCAUCUUGAACCAGUCUUGUUACUUUGCUUUCUAAACUCUGGAGUCUACUGUGCAUGAAAAGACCAGCAGUUUGCUGAAUACUCAAAGAUCCAACUAUCACUCAAUGCUGGUCCCUUGCUCACUUUUCUAUGGACUUUGCACAAUAUCUGAGCUUCUUACCCGUGUCUGCACACUGUGAGAGCAAUAGACCAAGAAUGAUGUGGCAGCUGAAAGCAUCAAACAUUGCUCAUCACUUCACCUUCGUUGUCUGAUUCAUCUCAAAGUCUAAUUCACAAACCAAAUACUUCAGGUUUUAAAGUUCUGUGCAGUUAGCUCCAGUUUGUGUUUGAUUGUUGUUUAUUGUCUUCACAGAGCCAUGUGCACUGUGCCCUCAUCCUGUCAGCCUUAAAUUAUAACCACAUACAUAUGAUAUGCCCAGUGGAGAAGGAAAGUCCUUAUAUGCUUAUUACCCCCGCCAAGGAAGUUAUGUUUUCGGUAGCGUUGGUUUGUUGGUUUGUUUGUUUGUUUGUUUGUUUGUCUGUUAGCGAAUUUACGGAGAAAGUUACAGACGGAUUGACCUGAAAUUUUCACCAGAGGUGCGUCUUAGCCCCAGGAUGAUCCCAUUACAUUUUGGUGGUGAUCCGGAUUGCCUUCUGGACCCAGGAAUUUUUUGAAGGAUUCUUUAUCAUUGCGAGAUAGGGCAAAUUUUGGAAUUUUUGCAUUUAACUCUAUAAAAAUGGCGAGAGUCUUUAGUAAAAAUUUACACAAAAGGAUCUCAAUGAGUUUUAUGAGGUGUCAAAGGUCGAUCCUGAUCCAGAAAAAAUUCUGGAUACGGUGAUCCAGAACACACAAAAAUAGGAGUGUCGUUGGAAUUUUCAAUGCUGAAAGAUAACCAAUGGGCGGCACAGUGGUGUCGUGGUUAGCACUGUCGCCUCACAGCAAGAAGGUCCUGGGUUUGAAUCCGGGUCAGGGCAUUUAUUGUUUUAGGAACACUAUGAACAGUUAACAUACCAGUUUAAACACAAAUAAAAGUUAAUAAAAGACACGUAACACUAAGGGCUCUAUUUUCGUGCCUCGCCGGCGACACGGCGCAUGUGCGGCGUAAGUGAGGUCCGCCGCGCCGACAAGGUGUUCCCAAGCACAAUUUGGUAUUUUGGUGAGCGGUGCAGCCCGGCGUAAGUAUCCCCCCUCCCUAACUCAGCUCCUCCCAGCGGCGUAAGUCGUAGCGAGGGAGGAGAGAGGGCGGAGAGUGGGUUUAACACAGCCAAUCACAUAAGCUCCUCUCCUUGCCUUUAAAUCUGCCACCGGCGAGGCAUAUUACUAUUUUCAUGAAGUAGUCAAGGAGAUCAAGAGAUGUCUGAAGACAGUUAUGCCACACGAUGGCGACAAAGGGCAGCUCCUCAACAAGUGUCACUGUAAGCGCUGCAGAGGGCGUCCUCCACACUCUCUCAUAUAAGCACAGAUGGAUUUGGUGUGUGUAAUGUUGGACCCACUGGUAAGACAAACACCCUUUUCCACAAAUAAAGACACUCACAUAAAGUUGCUCAUAUUCAAAACCUCACGUGACAAAGGUGGGUUGAGCGCAGAGAUCCCAACAUAAACUCCAAAAAUGGCAUUUACGCACCGUCUGUGUGUAAAUGACGCAUCGCGCUCCGUGGCCUGGCUCUUUCUUUCAUAGAUGUUGGCAUAUAAAAUAAAUUUGGCUCACAAAACUGAAUAUUAUAAUAUUCGUGUGUAGGCUUAAAGUAAAUAACUCAUCUGAUCACUGAAACAAAUCAUCUGUUCAGCCACUGCAACAGGACAGAGAGAGGACACGGAGACAUGUCCAGGUCGAGCUGUGUGAGAAAUAAGAGGAAGAGGAAGAAAGAAAAGGAGGGAGACGAAUUACAUAUCUUGUUAACUUCAUCAUGUGUGUCUAUUUACUAGAUAUUUAACUUAAUUUAAUGUGGUUUCAGCUGUGUUGAUCCGGUCAGGUUGUGUGUCCAAACGCGUGCCAAACGCGCUCAUCAGAUCAGAUAUAGAUCAGAAUAUAUCGAUAUAGAUCUAAAUGUAUGUGCUGACUCAGAUUAUUAGUUGUUGAUGAUUAUUUAUUGCACUAAAAUGUGCCUGACACUGUGGAAACCUGCCUGUGAGGAUACGGUGACAUAUGCCGAUACGCCGCUGGUCUACCAAAAUACCACUAGACCAGCUGCGCUCCGCCUGCGCUGAAAGCUGACCAGGUUUAAAUCGGCGAGCUUUCAGCGCACUUUACACGCCGGUGGCGAGCACGAAAAUGUCACUGCGCCCGCUGAUUCUGUCGACACCUCCCCCUGCCAUGCCACCACGCCCAGCUUGGCGGAUCUCGGUUCGCCUCCGUGCGCCUCAGUCCACGAAAAUACAAAACUGGCUUUACGCCAGGCUCCGCCAGACGAAAAUACAACUGCGCAGGGUCCGCCACCCUCCGUCGCCUCACCGGUGCGCACGAAAAUAGAGCCCUAAAAGUUUUGGUGUGAAUCUCAAUAUAAGCGGGGACAUGAGCUGCUUGGCGGAGGUCUGCACUCUCUGAGUGCUUUUCUAGUUGGGGAGUUGACAUAACUUUGUUUACUUCUUAAAGAAGGCUAGCUACAAGCGGUUGGUCUAAGUAGGAAAAAACAAAAAUAUUACAUUCCCAGACGGCCCCAAACUGAUGAUUAACCCCUGAAAUAGUCAUGUACAGUAGAAGGAAUAUCAACAGAGUUAAUACUGUUGGAAACAUGACUCUAAGAAUUAAAUCAAGAUACCUGUGUGAAUGCUGCUCAGCAAACACUUUGCUUUAGUUUAUGACUUUGAAACUCUUCUCUCUCAUCUGUCUGCAGGGUUUUGAGAAAAAUCUUCCACGCAAAACUCGUUCAUGCCAGUCUUAUCUUUAGGACACCUGAAUCAGACCACCUUGAACUCCCAGUGAGCAACUGUCACUGACUGUGUUUGUUGCAGGAUAAUGGUGAGGACUCCCAUCGCAUCUCUCCAAGCCCUGUGGUCCAUGUCAGGGGUCUGUGUGAGGCCGUGGUGGAGGCUGAUCUAAUAGAUGCUCUGGAGAAGUUUGGACCCAUAUGGUAAGACUGCAGUACAUGUUUAAAUUUUGCACAGCUGCAUGCUGCACAGUGGUCAGUUCAAUGUGUGGUCAGGUGAGGCACUACAUCAGAGUGAUUUCAGAUUGAUUUUGUUAAGGCUGUAACAAUGUUUAUCAUAUCAGACUAAAGAGGAUUACAAGGAAGUGACACGGCAUGACGGGCUUCAGGUCACAUGACCGAUCUCUCAUGUGGAGUUAGAUGUGACUACUGUUGUAAUGCUAACAAGAAAUUGUUCAGACCACAUACCACAAAACACUACAGUGUGUGUGUGUGUGUGUGUGUGUGUGUGUGUGUGUGUGUCAUAAGAGGUCUCCAGUUGUGCUGUCUGAAAUCAGGAAGCUGUUCUUCUGCUUUCAUCCUAAAAUCAGUCAAUUAGGGCUUAUACAUCUUUGCAGAGAUCCAGAAUAUCUGAAAGUGAACUGAAUCAGCCUCUUCUAAAGGACUCUGUGGAGUAUGACAGGGUGUACUAAUGCUAUCCAAGACAAGAAGAAGAAGAAGAAGAAGAAAAGGAAGAAGAAGGAGAAGAAGAAGAAGAAAAAGAAGAUGAAGAAGGAGGAGGAAUAGGCAGUAACCCUGCUUCUAGAAUACAAUCAUAUUAUAUCACUUCAAGUUUUAUAGGCUGUUUUUUUACCUGGUUGAGAACAGAAACCUCCAUCUUUAACAGCAUAGAUUUCUGAAGCAGAAAAGAUAUUCAAAGCUAUGAGUAUGACCCCACAUCAGGUCACAUUCAAUAAGCUUUUAUUGGAUUUAUCAUGUGAGACAGCAUUGAUAAUCAGCGUGAGCUUUUUUUUGUAAAGAUGGUUACAGAUCCUUAAUAAUUCAGAGCCAACACACUGUGGCAGUGGGAUUUUGACUCAGCCACUCCUGUACACCUCAUGCAGGUUCCACUGAUCGUUAACCUCUCAUUUACCCCAACCAAGCUGGAGGACGAAACAUGUUGGGGGAGACAUGCACACACAAACAUACAAAUAAAUCAUAAGAACACAGUUUUAUCUUUAUGGACUAGAAAAACAUGUACAUUAAAGUACCUUAAUGCUGCUCUGCUGUUCUGAAAUGACAAAAAGGGCUACUUCAACAGCCUUAGAGGACGAAUUGGAUCUCUUGACAAUUGAAUUAAAGACAUUUCAGCACAGUAUCUUUUUUAAGUGUUGUGUGGCUGGCAGAGGGGUUCAUCUGCGUGGAGUUACAGCUUGUCUUAUGUGUUUGUUUUUAGUUAUGUGAUGAUGAUGCCGUUCAAGCGUCAGGCUCUGGUGGAGUUCUCUGCGGUGGAAAGUGCUGACCGCUGUGUGUCCUGUGGAGCCAAGGAGCCUGUCUAUAUUGCAGGUUGGAUAUAUACACUUUCUUUCCCUAUAGACUCACUGAUGAGGUUUUUAAAAAAUAUCUCCAGUGCUUAUAUACAGUUAAACAUCUUCUGUGGAUUAAUUUUUGUCCAUCAGGCCAGCAGGCAUACUUCAACUACUCCACAUCCAAAAGAAUCACAAGACCAACCAAUGCUGAUAACCCCAACAGUGGCAACAAAGUCCUCCUGUUGUCCAUACAGAAUCCUCUCUACCCCAUAACCACGGUAAACACACACGCAGACACACAAGCACACCUUGGUUGGUUCAAAUAGACAGACCAAAGGUUUGUUACAGGAGAAUGACAGUAGUGUGUGUAUGGUUUAAUUCUUGUAUUAGUUUUUGCAACCAGCAACAGAGAAAUCGGUGUGUCUGACUCUAACUGCCCUGGCUCUGCACCACGAAAGUCAAACCACAAUGGUUUUGGAGGAGAAUGAAUACACAUGGAAUGGAUAGUUCUCACCUGUACUGAAUCAAUAUAACUAUCCGUGUUCAACAUGGACUAACCUGUCCAUAUGGAUAUAAGUUUAAUAUUCCUUCAGCACACAUUUAUGUAGUUUUGUUUGUUUUAUCUCAGACACAAAUACUGUUCGUAGCUUUAAUUUGACUUUGUGUUUGAUGGAUUUUCGGGAAUCAGGAACUUAUCCCAUGUUUGAGAAUGCAUGAGUGCCCAGAGAAUUAAAAAAAUGAUAAAUGGACAAUAACACAUUUCUUGAAACAAUCAUUUUGGCAGUCUAGUAAGAGAUGUCGUUCCUGUACUGGUGAUGAUAUCUUGGUGGUUAAGUAUUGAUUGAAUAUGUGAACCUUUUUUUUUAAGGUGACAGACUUUCUUUGCUGAUUUUUUAAACAGUAGGACACAAAAAGUUUUAUGUGCUGGAUCUUCUCUGAAGUUGGGCUUUCCUAUACUGAUGAAUGAUACGGAUGAUUUAUAAAAGUAAAAGCUUUCUAAUUUUUUUUGUCAUGGAAAAGAACUGAGGCCGCACGUGUGUCAUUAGGAGGUUGUAUUUCUCUGUUGUAAACUGAAAUACUUACAAUGGUCUGAGGCUGAAGCUUCAUGCAAGUUACACUUAAACUCAAGAAACUUGAACAUGAAAUUCACUGUCGUGUGUCUGUCUGCUUUUCCUCUCUGGAUCAGGAUGUUCUGUACACGGUGUGUAACCCCAUUGGAAGUGUGCUGAGGAUUGUCAUCUUUAAACGAAAUGGGAUCCAAGCCAUGGUGGAGUAUCCUUGCAGUGUGUGUAGCCACCAGUCCUUGAGUGUGUUGUUGUCAAAGUGCAGUGUCCUUUCCUUGACCCUGCUUCCUCAGAUUUGAGUCCAUUCAGUGUGCUCAGAAGGCCAAAGCUGCUCUGAACGGAGCUGACAUCUAUGCUGGUUGCUGUACACUCAAGAUUGAAUAUGCAAGGGUAAGUGACACAAACCACCUCAGCACUCCCAGGCCUGAAUCAUACUGUAUCACUGACUUAUGUAAUGUCAAAAAUGGAUUUUCCUUCUGUAAAUUACCGAAAUGAGUUCAGUUUUGGCCUCUAAAGAACACUUUGUUUGGAUACGUUGUAGAUAUAGAGACAAGUAUGAAGCAGAAUGAAACAUUUUUCUGUUGUCUCAAAAAGGAAAUGGUGAGUCAGAGGUUAAGGCAUAAAAUUAAGUUUUCAGAGCUGGAGUCAUCCAUUCAUCAUUUCAUCCAGUCACCGAUUUGCAAACCUCCUUUUGGAGGUUUGGGACUCGUUCCCAUUCCAGAUGAGAUAGGAGUGAGGUCUGUUACCUUGAAGGCUUCCUAAUCAGGAGCCCAGACCAACUCAGCUGGCUUCUGUUUUUGGUGGCAAAAAAGCAGACAUCCAAGAUCUGCCAUUCUUCUAGGCUGAGCUCAGCCAUCCCACCAAGGCAUAUUUGUCCAUAUUUCCAUGUUACACCAUGUCUUUCUCUUACUUGCCAAAGCUGAGGACUGUAGGUGAAACUUUUUGUUGAUCUCACAGUCCUCUGUAAGAGCAUUAUAAUGUGACCAAAAGAUACGUGAACCUUUUCUUGAUGCAGUGGACCCCUUCCCACCAGGAGAGUUCACUGUUUUUCAUCCUGGACCCAAGGCCUCAAAAUUAAAUACAGUGACCCUCACUGUGGCUGCUUAAAGGGAGUGCACUAUCAUGCACAUUAUAACGAAUAUGUUUCUUUUGGUAGUUUAGUAAAACCUCAAAAGAUGUUGGUCAGGUUUUGGUACCCAUGUACUUGAGCUGAGCGUCAGGCAGCCCAUCAGCUUGUUUCUCCACUACAACAGAGAACUUGUAAUAAGUGAACAGCAUAGUGUCUGCAGAUAUUCUUUUGCACAACUUACUGAGUUGUUGUGGUCAGUUCCUCUAGCAAAGAGCUGCUUUACCAGUGAUUUUGAGAACAUUUUGUAACAUGGAUCAGAUGACUUUAACUCACUAUGCAAGAAUAGCUGAUGUGCAUCAGAGACAGGUUGGAGAGAAAUGGGAAAUGAUAAUGUCUGUUUUCCUUCCAACAAUCCUUAUAUGAUUGUGAGAACACUCGCCAAUAAAGUGAAUUAACUAAGUGCCUUGAUAAACGGCCAGAAUGCCUCCAGGGAGUGUAUUUUCCUCUGUGAGGAUGUGUAAAUAUCGGCGUUAUUCUACUACAGUUGGAAAGGCGACAAAAUGUUGAGAGGAGAAGUUUUGGUUUGCUGUCUUCAUUGAAUCUCAGUGAGGCUCCUCUGUUAAGAAAAAAUCAAGUUACACUCCUGACGUGGAAGUAAGUUUGUGCUGGAGCUCUGGAGUGUUGUGAUUGUUUACCAUCUAUACCAUCUAUCUAUAUCAGAGGCAGGCCCGAGUGACAGACAGGUGAUCAUUAUUAUCAGUGGAGAUGUCAAUUAUACUUUGCUCUUUCCCUCAGCGUCUGUUGCUUCUCAAUUAAGUGGCUGCAUGGCAACAGAAAAUAGAGUUGUGGAUAUUGGCCCUCAUUUAUCAAUCUUGCACAGAUCUGAGCGCAGGAUUCAUCGUACGAUAGGACACACGUGAGAUUUAUGAAAGGGUUCGUAUCUGACCAAUCCCAGCGUACGUAUGAUCGGGUCUUGAUAAAUGCGGCGGCUGAAAUCGAUCGUCAUUAACAUGUUUACGCCCUUAAAUAUUCAUGGUUCAAAGGCUCGCCCACUGAGGUCAAACAUGAAAGAGAAGAAAUAUUACAAAGAUUCGAAACUUUUCCGAGCUGAAAGUGGAUAUCCUCGCGUCUGUGGUGGAAACAAGAGUGAGCCAAGAGGAGAAAGACAAAGUGUUUAUGGGUAAAAGAGAGAAAGUCUGUUUCGACAGAGGUAGCAGGGCAUCAACUCAACCUACUGACUGUUCUGCCCCGACUCUCCCAAUCCAGACGCUUCAUACCCAAGCUGUCCAUUGAAACUUCCCCAAGUUUCUUCUUCCUUUAGUUCAUGAAGUUAUAAUUGCCUCACCUCGCCCAGGAGCAGGUGUACAUCACCAAUGGUUUCCACUGUAAGCUCAGUGCUUCCUCACAAAGAGCACUGCACAGCAACAACCUUUUACCUACGCCCACCCACAGAAACACAGCUCUGUUGCUGCCCUGCUGUAACACCUGGACCGCUGAGCAAGGCGAAAACUGUGCGGCAGGAGAUAAAAAAAGAACCCGAGUGUUGUUGUGGUUCAGCUAUUACACAAGCACAACAGCAACCCAGCCUGAUCAUGCUGUUUUCAAUGCAGAACCAAAUACAUGUCAGCAGUUAGUGAUCCAGCAGAGCCGAGACAGAGGAUAAAGGUGCGCAACAGCUCACUUACACUCUCUUCCCUUAAACUGAUAGUCUGUACUCUUCUGUCAAGUCGACACAUUUUAGAUGAGUGUCUAAGUCAUCAGGCCGUCUCUGUGUGAUGCCCAUAGAGAAUAUCUGCAAGCCUAGGUGAACCUUUCAUCCUCAGAGAUGGAUGUUGUAAUUCUCAGUGGCAGUAAGCCCACAGCCUCCCUUGUCAUUUGCUUGAAAACAGUGAACCUUUAGUUUAGCUUCAGGCACAGUCUGAAUGUACAUUUAUCUUCCCCAAGUGUGUGAUGUCUGUUGUCGUCUUAAUCUUGGCUUUCUUAAGCUCUCUCCUACCGUCUCUCAGCAGCAUGGCUCAUUCUCGAUCCUUUCUUUACAUUCUACACCUGGUGGCGAGAGAACAACCUCUGUCUGUGAUAGUGGCUGACAAAUCUCACAGCUUACAUUCUCACUGAUAUUCUUGGUUGGGGGGACCGUUCCAAGUGUAUAAGCAGCUUUUCCUUCUCUGCAUCCUUAAAUCUUUAAAACUAGGACACAAUGACGUUAAGAUUAUUUGAUUCAUUAUAAAAAUAACUGUUAAACAGUGGCAGCUACAGUCAAACUCCCCUCUAUUUUGACAUUUUCAGUUGUAUUUACAAAUCACUACAUGCUAUCCAAGAUGUUGCCACAGUUACACCUUCAUCCAGCCUGUUACAAUAAAACACUCAUUAUAAACGCUGGGUGGAAAUGGCAGUUAUGAAAAUCAAAGUUUUUAGGUCCAAAAAUUCAGAUCCUUUGUACCAAUCAGGCUUUGAACCAGAUCCUGACUUAUUCUCGAUCUCUGCAUCAACAGCCAACACGACUGAAUGUGAUUAAGAAUGACAACGAAAGCUGGGACUACACUAAACCAUACCUGGUCAGACGAGGUAAGACAAACUUUUUUUUUGUCCGUGAUAUCUUUACAGUACCGUCAUCUCAUACACCUAAAAGUGUCAACUCAGAGGUCCUUUGAUGAGGCAAGUAGAUCUCUGUUAUUGGACAGGACUCUGUAGUGACACAUUUCUGUCCACAGCAGGUUUCCUUGAUUUAUCUUUGCGUCAGUAGGUCUUUUUUUUUGUCUCCCCUUUUUUUUUUACUUUUUCAAAGUUUGUACAGUCGUUUAAACUAGUCUGAGACUACGGAUUAAGAGUGUAGUCAUAAACAAUUUGGACUGUAGACCUCCAUCACACCAAGGCUCCUCUACCUCCCGUCUCUUCAUCUCCAAUCCAAACACUCUCAUAGCAGCCAAUCACCGGUCUCUCACAAACCUGCACAUACCAUGAAGACUGAGAGAGAGAGAGAGAGAGAGAGAGAGAGAGUGAGAGAAACGUUGAGGGACAGAAAGAGUGAUGGACGUCAGGCUGACCAUGCACAGCAGCUUUCUUCCAUCUUCACCUCCUGCAACCCAGCAAAAAGAGAGGGAGAAACAGAGAUGGAUCUCAAUCCUGCUGACCACCAUGCAGCUGCUGCUUCAACAUGCCCAGGAGACCUCAGCCCCACCACUGUCUGCAGGACUCCAAUAGCUCUAACUAGCUGCUCCAUUCUGUGAUUUCAGUCUCCUUUUCUGUCUGGAGAAGAAGUCUUGCAUGGCCUGGUGUCUGGUCCACAUGGUACUGUAUAUAUCUCAGGGGCCCUGGAUUUGACGCAGUGAUAAUGUAGCUCAUGCACAUUUUCUAACUAACAAAUGAGCUGUGCUCUAAGCUGCUAUAAUUUAUUCAGACUGCAUAAUUUGUUGUAGGAUCUUUCUGCUUUGAAGAACCAUAACAUUGUGGACCAGACACAUGGUUUUGAUUGUCAAAAUUUGGUUAUGCUAGUCUUUGAUAUCUUAGUCAUGCCUAAUCUCUAGUCUCUGUUACUGUGUGAGUCGGGGCUGUCACAAUACGACGUCUUCUUUGGUAUAGACUUCCUGUUUGUAGGUUUUGAUAUGAUGCACAAAUUUCCCCCAAAUUUCAUGGCUUUGGUAUUUACUGAAGGACUGGUGUUUUACACCCAUGAAACACAAACUGGAUCAAAAGCUCUCUCCCGGUUGUAUACCAUGCACCAAAUUAUACAAGCACAAUGUAUCCCUUUCAGAAUCAGAUGUACUGCCCUCACACUGAGUGUACUGGAUGUUAUUUAACAGAGGAACAUAUUUUUGGCAGCAGAGAGAACUCUACCAUGCUCCUGCUCAGGGCCUCUGUGCAUGUGGGCAAGAGUGCUAUUUUCUUCUUAAAAUCUAUAUUCGAGAAAAUCAAGAAAAUCAACCAAACUUUCUGCAUGACUCCGUCCCACAUCAUUCCUUAUACUUUUAUCAGUGUUGUGCUGGUAAGAGUACCGCAUGCAUUGUGACAGCCCUAAUCCAAGUCCCCUCAGAUCCCCCUCAGUACAUUCAGACCUGUGCAUGGAUGUGCCUCCACACUCUAGAGCUCUUAUGAAUAAAAAGCUUCAUUCCUUGACUAUUAGAGUGUAUCUUUGCUUUAUUUUAGACAAAGUCUGGAAUCAUUUCUGCUGCAAUAUUACAAAGAGUGAUCUAAUAUAAGUGGUCCAUGCACAGGCCUGGUGUGUACAGACAGCUACUUAAACGUGCUCCACUCUUUGCCAUGUAUGUAGAGUGUAGAUGAGGUUUUUGCGAAUGGUUCAUAACUGUAGAAUGAGAUUCAUGUUGGGAUCAGGUCAUGCUUCCUUCUAACAAACAGCUCCAUAAGAGGUCUGAUGUCCUUGAACAUUGAAGUCUGGGCUAUUAUGGGGUGCAUGGUGUACACUGAUACCUGAAGGGGACACUAAUAAACCCACUAUUUUCCUUUUUCAAAUGAGUGCUUUAGAUGACUUCGACUGUGAACUGAUCCCAACACUGUUAUUAGUAGAUAUAUCUGAUGAAUUCUUGUAUAUUUUUUCAGUUGUUUGAAAGGAGGCACAUUGAAAAGGCACAGACAUAGAUCAGUAAUGACUGUUAGCUCUCACAGGCUGAGGCAAUUUUCUUAAUGUCAGGAAUCAUUUACUCUCCACACAGUAAAUGAUGCUCCACACAUAAGAAGAAAUACAGUGUCUGAUGUGAAGUCUGCAGGAUGAAUAUUUGGAGUGUCAGCUAAAAAAAAGAAAACAGCAGGAUGAACAGAUGAUUUGGAUAAUUUUUUAUUAGUGGAGUUUGAUAUUCCCCGGGUUUCACUGAUGUGCUGUGAUUUUUUUUGAGUGUGUGAUUUAUCUCCUGAUACACAGCCAGUCUGUUCAUAUGUACAUAUAUUCGGCCAGUUUGUAAUGUUCCCAGUCUGGAUGUUUUUGUUAAAGUUAAAAGAAUUUGUUUUGUCACAGUCUUCUUUCAACAAAGGACUCUUUUCCAUUUUGUCCUCAUUUCCCUUUGCACCCCCCCCCCCCCUUUACACUCUCUUACGCUCACCACUCUACUUUAACUCUCUAUAUUUUUUUGCACUUUCAUCUUACUUCCACUAAUCCUCUAACUUCCUUCUCCCUGUCAGUUGGUACUUGUCUUUUCUCCUUUACACCUCAUGUUCCUCAGCUAUAUUUAUCCUCUUUCCUACAUCAACAUCUUCUCUCCUCUUUAAAUUUCUAGAUUUUUUUGUCCCUCCUGUCUCACAACUUUUUUUUUUAUAUAUAUAUAUUUGUUUCUAGGCUUCCACAGUUUUCUUCUCCUCUUCCUGUCUCUUCUCCUUUCUUUCCUUUCUUUUAAUAGCUCUAGCUAUAAUAGCUACAGUUUGUUCAGUACAAGACUUCAAUAUAAACGCCGGGGACGCGGCGGAGGGUGGCGGACCCCGCUCAGUUGUAUUUUCGUCUGGCGGUAUUUUUGUGCUCGCCAGUGGCGUGUAAAGUGUGCUGAAAGCUCGCCGAUUCAAACCUGGUCAGCUUUCAGCGCAGGCUGAGCGCAGCUGGCCUAGUGGUAUUUUGGUAGACCGGCGGCGUACUGGCAUACGUCACCGAUGCCUCACUGGCAGGUUUCCACAGUGUCAGGCACAUUUUAGUGCAAUAAAUAAUCAUCAACAACUAAUAUUCUGAGUCAGCACAUACAUUUAGAUCUAUAUCGAUAUAUUCUGAUCUAUAUCUGAUCUGAUGAGCGCGUUUGGCACGCGUUGGGACACACAACCUGACCGAAUCAACACAGCUGAAACCGCAUUAAAUUAAAUUAAAUAUCUAGUAAAUAGACACACAUGAUGAAGUUAACAAGCUAUUUAAUUCGUCUCCCUCCUUUUCUUUCUUCCUCUUCCUCUUAUUUCUCGCGCAGCUCGACCUGGACAUGUCUCCAUGUCCUCUCCCCGUCCUGCUGCAGCUGCUGCGGCUGAACAGAUGAUUUGUUUCAGUGAUCAGAUGAGUUAUUUACUUUAAGCCUACAUACGAAUAUUAUAAUAUUCAGUUUUGAGAGCCAAAUUUUAUGUGCCAACAUCUAUGAAAGAAAGAGCCAGGCCACAGAGCGCGAUGCGUCAUUUACGCACAGAUGGUUCAGAUUUUAAUGCCAUUUUUUGAGUUUAUGUUGUGAUCUGUGCGCACAACCCACCUUUGUCACGUGAGGUUUGAAUAUAUGCAACUUUAUGUGAGUGUCUUUAUUUGUGGAAAGGGUGUUUGUCUUUACCAGUGGGUCCAACAUUACACACACCAAAUCCAUCUGUGCUCAUAUGAGAGAGUGUGGAGGACGCCCAAUGCAGCGCUUACAGUGACACUUGUUGAGGGGCUGCCUUCUGUCGCCAUCUUGUGGCAUUACUGUCUUCAGACAUCUCUUGAUCACUUUGACUACUUCACAAAAAUAGUAAUACGCCUCGCCGGUGGCGGAUUUAAAGGCAAGGAGAGGAGUUUAUGUGAUUGGUGAAAACAGGUCUCGGCUGUGUUAAACCCACCACGCCCUCUCUCCUCCCUCGCUACGACUUACGCCGCUGGGAGGAGCUGAGUUAGGGAGGGGGGAUACUUACGCCGGGCUGCGCCGCUCACCAAAAUACCAAAUUGUGCUUGGGAAUGCCUUGUCGGCGCGGCGGACCUGACUUACGCUGCGCCUGCUGCACGUCUCCGGCGAGGCACGAAAAUAGAGCUCAUUGUAUUACGCCUCGCUGGUGGCAGAUUUAAAGGUGAGGAGAGGAGCUGAUGUGAUUGGUUAAAACAGGUCUCGGCUGUGUUUAAUCCACUCCACGCCCUCUCUCCUCCCUCACUACGAUGUACGCCGCUAGGAGGAGCUGAGUUAGGGAGGGGGGAUACUUACGCCGUGCUGCGCCGCUCACCAAAAUACCAAAUUGUGCUUGGGAACGCCUUGUCGGCGCGGCGGACCUGACUUACGCCGCGCGUGUGCCACGUCUCUGGUGAGGCACAAAAAUAGAGCCCAAAGAGGCAGAGUGGUUAGGGAAAGGCAUAUUUAAACCAUUGUGAGCUGCAUUAUAAAAGUGAAAAAAAAAAACAUGCUAAGUGUGGGGUUGAGUUAUAGUAUAACAGCCUUUGCCCUUUUCUCAAGCCAAGUUGUCUCCCUGUCUUUCUCAUCCUCCUUCAUCACAGUUUCUGGGUGCUGUUUUUAUUUACAUGCACCCAGAAACUGUGAUGAGACAGAGACAUGCAAAUUCAAGUAAUGUAAGACAGACAUAAUUUGCUAAAAUGCAUGCAUUCAAAAUGUCCUCUAUCAGUUUAGUCUCAUGUAUCUUUGAGAACACAGUGGCCCUCAUUUUUCAAGCUUGCGCAGAUCUGAGCGCAGGAUUCAUCGUACGAUAGGACACACGUGAGAUUUAUGAAAGGGUUCGUAUCUGACUAAUCCCAGCCUACGUAUGAUCAGGUCUUGAUAAAUGCAGCGGCUGAGAUCGAUCGUCAUUAACAUGUUUACGUCCUUAAAUAUUCGUGGUUCAGAAGCCUCGCCCACUGAGGUCAAACAUGAAAGAGAAGAAAUAUUACAAAGAUUCUAAACUUUUCACAGCUGAAAGUGGAUAUCCUCACAUUUGUGGUGGAAACUAACACAGAUUCUCUCUUUGGAAGCAACAAAACUGGUCUAAAAGCAGUCCAGAAAACUCCUGUCUGGAGCAGGAUUAUGAUGGCGGUAAACAGCGCUACUGUGGAAUAGUGGCUGAAGUUUAAAUAAAUCAUUAGUCAAUAAGUUGCUCAUGAUUAAAAUUAAUAUCUCAUACAUGCCUCUUUUUUUAAAAUUUCCAUGACAUGGGGUAUGUUGCUCCUAUUAUUGAAAGUAUUUAGUUGUAGAAAUUUGUUGUGUCUUUGUAAUGUAGAGCAGACUGGAGAGCCUGACAGAGGCUGAACAAAAAUAAUUAUUAACCUCACCAAACGGUGUGUUGCUGCCCCUGAGGCACAUUUUUAUGGAUUUCUAUUGGAUUCUUAUCACUGAUUAAAUAGCAAGAGCACUUUCUAAACUUAUAUUUUACAUCAGAAUCCAUGGAUAAGGUCCCGUCUCCUCUGCACAGCACCUUUGAGGAGUCCCUCCUCGUUAUUGUUCUCCGGGCAUCGGGUCCUCACGUUGCACCGGCACAGCCAACGGCACUCCAUUCACCAGUGUAACAUUGUGCAAAACUAUACUGGCCCAAAUGAUGUCCCACACCCUUUCAGGAGUGUACAACAACGUCCCCGCUGCUGGGCCAAGACAGAGACACCUGCCUUUUAGGGGUCAAACGCAGCGCUCCAUAGUGGCGCGUGUGCGCAAUGUUAAAACGGCGCUCCUGCUCUGUGGUAGUGUUUCUGGGCAGAGUUAUCAAAUAGGCCUAUUCACUAAGGACAUAACAACUUUAUUUUAUUUCAUUUACGUCUUAAUCUUAAAUUAAAUCUGGCUGAUUGUGCUUCAUGACAGGUUUGAGGUUUGUUUAUCAAUUAUUUGAGAGAUAUUUGCUGCACCGCAGAUCUACACUGACUCAAACUUGCGUACACGAUGUCAGACCUGUCUUGAGAUUUGGUCAUGGCGUACGCUCACGUGUAGAUUGCUAAAUGCCGAUCUUCAUGUCAAUAUUUUCUUACGCAAGGUGUACGCAAGUUUUCUGCCGUACGCAAGCUUGAUAAAUGAGGGCCAAUAUGUUUUAAGGGUGUCUAGCAUCAAGGACAACCUCAACCCUUUGUGGACUAAGAUGCCAAAGAAAUGACCUGGAUUCUUUUGUUACCUCCUUGUUUGGCUUCAGUAUUUAAGGAACGAGUCCCUGACAUUAAGCCUGCAUUAACUACAGCGUAUAUUGGGGUUUUGUGUGUGUGUGUGUGUGUGUGUGUGUACGUGUGUGUACGUGUACGUGUGUGCGUGCGCGUGUGUUAUUGUAUGGCUCUUUUUGCUCCAUAUCAGCUCUCAUGAUCAACUUGCAUAAGUUACAAAGAGGUCAACCUUUCACUUCCAGACACAGACACAGUUAUUUAAAAACUCACUGCCAGAUGUUAGUUUGGCAGGGAUGUAAAAGUAGUUUAGUAGGUCUCUCUGGUUCUGCAGCGGCCACUAAGGGACAGUAAGUUGCUGUAGAUUUCUGAUUUUAAGGGGGUGGGGUUGGGAGGGUGCCUUUAUUUCCUGUAUUUGAUGGGACAGUUUAAGGGAGAGGUAGGGCUUUAAACCUCAACAGUGCACCAAGGCCUGCAGCCUCUGUGCUUAAGGUACAUGUUGACUGUUUGUAAGAAGUUUACUGGGACAGGUCUGAAAACUGAAAUCUGUGAUUGUCUUUCUGGGACAGCGAAAUAAACUACAAUAACGCUUUAGAUUAGGAUUUUAGACAACAAAAUGUUUCAGAUGGCACAUAGCUAAUUUGUGGUUCACAGUAGCAUGUACCUUCUGCAGAAUCUGGGUUAUAGAUAUGCUAGUUUUACAUGAUAUGGAAAAAAAACUAAAUCAUUUUUUUAAAUUUUGCAUGUGAAGAUUUAACACCUCAAACACUCAGGAAGUCUGAUAUUCAGGAAGGAGUCAAGUCUCAGGGACCUGAUUUUCAACAGAAGAUAUUUUUCUAUCACCUUGAAUAGUUAGGGUCUAGUUAUCUCUCAGAGGCAAGGGAAGUUGGUUAAAAUGUAAGCUGGUAUAUGUCUGACUGACUCAUUUGUAUACUGCAACAACAGUAUCAAAAUGUUACAACUUUGUCCACUAAUCUAUUCCCUCUUGUAGUAUUAAUUCAACACUCAGAAAUGUACAUGUGUAAUUAUCUGGAAAAUUCUCACUUCACUUUGCCCAUGCGUCAUUUAUUUGAUUACGUCUAUUUUUAACCACUCAUAUCAACCUUCUGUAUCUUUGUAUAAAAGUUUGACUUACAUAAAUUAAUUUCAAAUCUUUUUCAAGUCUCAAAGUCUGUCUCACAAACUCACUUCUGCUCAGUUGCUCAUGUGAGCAUGCACUGUGUGUGUAAGUGCGUGUGUGUUUAUGGUGCAUCCACAUACUGUCAGGCUGUGGUGUGAAGGUCAUUGUGAAUAUCUGGCUCUCUGGAUUAUCCUCAGGCCUUCUCACUUUUCACAGCUGAAGCAUCUCUUCUCUGACUUAGUGUGUGUGUGUGCGUGCGUGCGUGUGUGUGCGUGUGCGCGCGCAUGCACCUGUGUUCAUGUGACAAGACUGCAGUGCAUUGGCAAUCUGCAGUGCAAGUGCUGACAUGUUAAUAGGCUUGUAUGGGGGGGGGGGUAGUCUUUUGUCCAAUCAGCUUACUUGGACUAUAAAAAAGUGUUUGUGUCAUUUCAAAGUGCCUCCAGUGCAAUAAAAAGAUUGUUAGUGGUGUAGUGCAGUCUGAAAUGCUUCUGUGUUGUAGACUAGACAGUGAUGAAAUGUGUCCCAGUGAUGAUGGUAAUGUUUUUAUUAUUAUGAUGAUAAUGUAAUGCAGGUUGAUGUUCUUGUUCGUGCUGAGGGAGAAAAAAGAGAAAGCUUGAUGCCUCACAGGUACUGUUUCUUUCAUAUCUCUGGUCAUAUGACCCCCUCUGUAUCAUUAGAUCUGAAAAGUUUCUGCUGUCUAGAUCUGUUUAUCUCUAAGUGUACUGAUGUUGUUUCUUAGGAUGUGACCAUAACUCUUGAUUGUCAAUAAAAGUGACUUGUUUUUACAGCACACAGAAAAAUGAUUAAAUAUGUACAAAUAUGUGGUUUAUGAAGAGAGUAAAGAGUGGUUGUGAAGGAAGAAGCAAUCUUUUUAUUUACUGCCAAACUCCACAGGACUGUUUAAAGUGUUUUUGAAGUUCUGAUAUCUGAAUAAAAUACAACCGCACACUUUUACUAUAUGAGUUACUAAGAAUCAGGCUGAUCUGUAUUUCAAAGUUCAAAAGUGUUUAUUUAUUGGUGUGUGUGUGUGUGUGUGUGUGUGUGUGUGUGUGUGUGUGUGUGUGUGUGUGUGUGUGUGUGUGUGUGUGUGUGUGUGUGUGUGUGUGUGUGUGUGUGUGUGUGUGAGUACAUGUAUGCUGUUAGAUACAGAACUACCUGAACUAUCAGAACUAUCUUUUCAUUUGAAUAUUUGCUGAAAUGUCACUGACUUCAGUGUUACACCACAGAGAGCACAGGCUGCUUUAGGGAGAUAAAUAAUCAAUGCAUUAUUGAAGAGGUUUGUCCAAAAGCUUGAAAAUGGGUUUGGCAAUCUUUGACGAUAUUUGUGGUCUUGGCGAUGUGGAGUUUUAAUGAUUUGCAUGCCAUAUAAAUCUGUUCUUGUUGACGUUUUAAACAGCAUCCUAACUUUGUUAAGAGGGUUUAUAAAAUAUGAUAACUUUAUGGAGUUUAAAGCAGAGAUCUGGAAAAAAAAACAUCGACAUUACUAAAGAUCCCUUACCAAACAAACAUAUACCUCAAGUACAUUUGAUGAAGUAUACUGAAGUUCAUUUUAGUAUACUUUGCCUUCAAUGGGUAGGACAGAGUGGCAAUGUGGGAGAUGGGGGUUGAAGACACAUGCAGCACAUGGUCAGGACAGGAAUCGAACUUGUGACCACAGCAGGGAACCACUUGGCUAUCUGCAUGCUGACUCUGGAGUGAAAUUAAAAUUACCUUUUGGUAUGCUAUUAUUUCAAUAGAAGUACAUUUUUGCUUACUUGGUUUGUACUGCGUAUCUUUUUAAGAGUAUACUCUUAAAAAAAAUAUGGAAGUAUUCACUGACCAAGUAUACUUGGACCUAAGGCAAAAAUACAUACUUAAGUAUAUCUUGAUUACAAGUUUAUGUAUGAGUAUAGAUUAAAUAUAUUUAGAAUUUUAGUAAAAUUCUUAGUACAAGCGAAGUAUACUUAACAUUAACUUUAAGUAUUUCUCUGAAAAGUAAACUGAAAGCAUAUUAAAUUUGAAAACAAUAUACCUGAAAUACACGGCAACAUACUUCUUUUUGGUAAGGGAUAGUUUGAAUGAUCAACCAAAGGCUGUUCUUAUUUAUACUGAGGAGGAAAUAUAGAGGAAAGGAAAUCCUAUUCAGAGAGUAAAGACUUGUUUCAGUUCUGCCUGGAACCAGCUGGGACAGUUUCACAUAUAAGACACUAAUGUGGUCUCCAAACUUACACAUCUUACAACAAUCCUGUGGAGAGUCCAGAAAUAGCAGAUGCUAAGUCUGUGUUUGUGAAAGAAGCUUUUUGUUACUGAGUAAGUUAAUUUGGAUCCUGCACAUAAUCUAAUAAAGUGUGUGUGUGUGUGUAUGUGUGUGUGUGUGUCUGUGUGUCUGUGUGUGUGCGUAUGUCUGUGUUUUUGUAUGUUUUCCAGAUCGUGGAAAGGGCAGGCAGAGGCAAGCCAUUUUAGGAGAGCACCCGUCGUCCUACAGUGAUAAUGGCUAUGGUACAACACACACAAACACGCACACACAUGAACAUGCACACAAACACACAUAAACAGGAAAAACAGUGGUAACUAAAUCUUUUGCCAAGGAUUCCACUUCAUCUACAGUGCUCGUUCACCUCCUCAAAGUGAAACUUGACUCUCUGCAGACACACACACACACACGCACACACACACACGACUGUACACACCACACAACACAAUAAUAAUUCACAUGCUUCUUUGAAAUUUUUUUUACACAAAACAACAGAUUUUUUUCUGUUUGUCAGUUUUAUUCUUGUCUCUUUGGGUAUUUCCUCAAAUUUAGCACAAACAUCCACUUCAUCUCUGAACGAGCUAAUCAGAUUUGGUUAAUCACAGCCUAUGGUCCCAGUGACCUCCGGUUCAUCCUUUUCCUGUGAACUCUGUGUCCCACAGCUGUCAGGAAUCGGACACAUAGGCAGUCAAGGACACCAUCACAUCCUGAAACAGACUCUCUGCUGUAACUUGCUAAAUUCACACACAGCGGAUGUUUUCCAUCCAAAGGGUCACUGGCAGCAUGUGACUCAGUGACAUAGGGAGAGAGUGUGGCAGUCCACAUGUGGUUGGAUACUUACCAGUAUAAUAACAAUAAGUUUGCUCUUUUGAAACUCUGUAAACUUUACCACCUGCAUGACCAAGGCUUUUCAACCCUCCAUCUGAGAAAAAACUGGAUGAUUUGAACUUCAAAUGAAACUUUAUGAACUCAAGUGAAUGAAGACACCUUUGGCUUCUUUUGUCUCUGCCUCCACAGGUCCACCCUGCCCACUGCUGCCUCUGCCUGGCAGGUACAAGCUCACCUCAGUGGACGUCCCAGACAUGGUGUCCUAUCCUCUGCCCCAGUCGUCAUCCUCCUACUCUGGUCAUGCACCUAGUUCUGUUGCCAUGGUGAGCGGCCUGCAUCCAUCCAAGAUGAACUGCACCCGAAUCUUCAACCUCUUCUGUCUGUACGGCAACAUUGAGAAGGUAGAUGAUGACUGAUAUCAUUCAUCCAUUCAUUCAUCUGAUCAUAAAUUUCACAAUCAAGACCUUGAAAUAAAACAUGCUCCUGUUCCACUGAAUGAAGAACUCUGAAUCGUCAAAUUUACAUUCAGAAUGAGUGUAACUUUAAAAGGCUUCAUCAGUCUGAUGUGUUUUGAAACACCGAGCUGCAGCCUAGAGUAUGGUUUUCUCAUCAAACCUCAUCCUGCUUGGAUAAUGGUGGCACCAAAAUUCAGUAAGGACAGUCGGAAAAAAAAUUGACUGAUCAUAGUUUGAUAUAAGACAAAUUAAAGCCUGCAGGGAUAUGGCAAUAGCAUAGCAAUGAUAGCAUUGGUAUUAAUGAAGUUGAGGUAAAUUAAGGGGGUGGUGGAAUUAGAACAAUUGAAGCAAAAAACAAUUUAAAAAAAAAACUAAAAAUUGGGUAUAUAACAGUGAUAGAAAUGGAGAGACUGAUGCUAAUAUGUUUGUAACAGGGAUAAAAUUAAAAAGGCUGAUGUUUGUAGUUGAAGCAGCUGGAGCGCAGACAGUCCUCAGCAGCAAGCUUGAUUCAGAGAGAGCGACACCUCCCAGAAAAGACUGUGUAUCAGUGACUCUAAUGGGACAUGAUGAUUCAGCGUUCAUGACACAGGUAGUGGAUAGAGGAGAAAAAGGUGCUCCAUGUGCACCCCAGCAAACUAAACCUUUUACAGCAUAACCAACCUUAACCAGUGUGGUGACAGGUGUGUGAUCAAAGCUUGAAGUCCAGCUCAGUUAAAGUAAACGCUGCUUUCAUUGGACAUCUGUCAAAAGUGAUUGUAUGUGUGUUUGCAGGUAAAAUUUAUGAAGAGUGUUCCUGGCACUGCCUUGGUUGAAAUGGGAGACGAGUAUGCUGUAGACAGAGCCAUCACACACCUCAAUAGCAUCAAGGUGUUCGGCAAGCGACUCAAUGUUUGGUGAGCAACACACUCUGCAAGCUCUUACAUUGGUUCACAGUUUCUCUGUUUGAAUUUCUGAUAAUUUCUGUCAAACCUGUCCUGGAUGUGUUUUGGAAUACCUUGGCUUAAAAUGUUUUGAACAUGAAUUUGUCUGAUCAUGUCUAAACAUGAAUUCGAAGUAUCUACUGCUGUGUGUUCAGUGUGUCGAAGCAGCACGCAGUAAUCCCCAGUCAGGUGUUUGAGUUAGAGGACGGCAGCAGCAGCUACAAGGACUUUGCCAUGACCAGGAACAACCGCUUUAGCAGUGCUGGGCAGGCCUCCAAAAACAUCAUCCAGCCUCCAUCUGCUGUGUUGCACUACUACAACGUUCCACCAUGCAUCUCACAGGAUCAUUUACUGCGGGUACGGUACCUCUGCUUUUGGUCCAGCUGACUUGCAGAGUCAGUCUCAGGACCAUGUCGUCUGAAGUGAACAGAGCAAACCACUGAGACUCUAGUCCCUCAGAAACAUGUUAGCUUUCUUAUUUAGGAGGUGAUGUUGUCCAGUCACAGAAAGUAUUUGAAAGUGUUUAAAUUGUAUGCAUACUUUGAUAAAUAUUACAUUUACACAGUAUAUAUGUAAUAUUUUACUCUAAAUGUUUAGAUCGACUGGAAUGUUUGAACACUUCAUUUCUUCAUUAAUUUUUGGACUUUGCGAUGACUCAACAAGCCAGAACCCAAACAUAUGACUUACAGGCAGAUAUGUUUGGAUAAAAUUUGAAGUUCAAUUUACUAGACAAAUUCAGAAAAAGGUUGAUGUUAAUAGUCAGAUCAUGUAGACUUAUUCAAAGCGGACUGUAAGUUCUACUUUUGAACUUUUGCCUUGCUUCACCAAACCCAUCAGCAUUCACUUGUAGACAUUAUAAGAACAAGUCUUUUGUGAGCAAUGAGCAGUUGAAGGUUUCUGGUAUAUCCAGAGGUUCUUUUGUGCUUAGCCCGUUCAUUGUUGCCUGUCUACAAACUACAAACUGAAGAAAGGGGACCAGAGUUGCACUCCAGAGACGAUGUCCUAACAGUCAAGUUCACUGCUGUCAUAUACAGAGUGGGCCAGGUGGAAGGUUUAUAUUGAGGCCCUUGUAUUGCAGUGAAUCUCAUACAUUAGCUGCUACUGUUUGUUUGUUUGUUUGUUUUUCAGCUGUGUUCAGAGUAUGAUGUGCCUGGCUUUGUUAAAUUCAAGAUGUUUGAUGCCAAACGUAAGUAUCGCUUCAGUUGAUGUCUUCUUUGUUAGGUUCUUGUUGUAGUUUACAGAGUCCAUGUUUCAUUUUUAAUUUUGUUAGUUAUUGACUUCUCUGUGUAAAAUGAUUGUUCAGCGCUGUCUCAUGUUAAUGAAACAUGUCUCCCUCCUUCUGCUUCCCUCCUCUGUCCUUUGAUGUGUUCAUGUUCUCUCUCUCUCUCUCUCUCUCUCUCUCUUGCAGCCUCCUCCAAGACCAUCUCUGGUUUGUUGGAGUUCAACAGUAAGACAGAGGCUGUCGAGGUUCUUACUGUUCUUAAUCACUACCAGAUCAGGAUACCUAGUAAGUCUUUCUGUGAAAAACUGUCUGUAUUAAAAGUAUUCCUCUACUCAGUCAGACACAUCUAGUUUUUAUACACCUGAGAGAGGAAUCUGUGAAACCAGUUCAGUAAGGCUUUUGUUCUGAUCACUGAAAGACACAUGUCAAGUUGAACUGUGUCUCUGAAGGGUCAAACAUUUGACUGUUUUUUGAGAUAACUGCAAAUCCAACGACAGUGUCAUCCAAAGAUCAGUGGGUUUGAUUAUCUGUUUCCAGAAUAAAGUUUAAAACUACCUGCGAAUUUUCGUGCUUCAAGGUGUUAACGUUGUUGUCCUUGUACAAUUUUUAUGGGAGAAAAUAGAGCAAAGACAAUUUGUUAUAGUCCUGUUGAGCAGUUUUCAUUGAAGACCCAUGUUUUUGACAAAUGAGAUGUCAUCAGAGGAUUUAUACUACUUGUAUGACACCCCCCCCCCCCCCCAAAUUUCUAAGUAUGUGUUUGUGUGUGUGAUUCCAGAUGGGUCCAACCCAUACACCCUGAAACUGUGUUUCUCCACCUCAUCUCAUCUAUGA